CGAUACUAUCGAUAGCACCAUCGAUAGUUUUCCAUCACUACUUUACGCUGUUUAAUGAAGUUUUUACGGAAACCGCAAUUUAUAUAAAAUCAUUUGUUUUCCAAGUGAGAAAUUGAUAGUUUAUUAAAAUGGCUGACAAAAAUUCCGAGCAAAGCAUUAUGGAUAAGUCCAUGAGAUCCGUUUUCGUGGGGAAUAUUCCAUAUGAAGCAACGGAAGAGAAGCUCAAAGAAAUCUUCAGCGAAGUGGGACCAGUUCUAUCGCUCAAACUUGUAUUCGACCGCGAAAGUGGAAAGCCGAAGGGCUUUGGAUUUUGUGAAUACAAAGAUCAGGAAACUGCCUUAAGUGCCAUGCGUAAUCUUAAUGGCUAUGAAAUUGGUGGUCGCACAUUGCGUGUAGAUAACGCUUGUACCGAAAAAUCGCGCAUGGAAAUGCAGCAGUUGCUACAAGGUCCGCAGGUUGAAAAUCCAUAUGGUGAGCAUUGCGAUCCGGAUCAAGCACCAGAAAUCAUUACUAAAACCGUUGCAUCUUUACCUCCGGAGCAAAUGUACGAAUUAAUGAAGCAGAUGAAGCUAUGCAUACAAAAUAAUCCUUCUGAAGCGCGCCAAAUGCUAAUGUUGAAUCCGCAGUUGGCAUAUGCUUUACUGCAAUCUAUGGUUGUGAUGCGAAUCGUUGACCCACAAACAGCGCUUGGAAUGCUAUUCAAAGCAAAUCAGAUGCCACCAGUUCUCGGAGGAAAUCCUUUGUCAGGUAGUGUACAAUCGCAAAAUAUUCAAUCAAGCAUAAUAGCGCAGCCACAACAACAGCCCCCAUCUCAUGCACCAUCGAUUAUCGGCGGUCCGCCUAUGCCUGUGCCGAAUCCUAAUUUUAAUGUAAUGCAAGGUGGAGAUAUUGAUUUACGAGCCAUGAAUGGCCCAGUAUUGGGUGGACCUGGAGGCAUGGAUCCAAGACAAAUGGAUCCGCGUAUGGCACGUGGAAUCGACCAGGACAUGCGUGCAAUGCCAAAUCCGGUACCACCGCCGCUCAUGGAUCCACGUGCACAACGGCAAAUGCCGCCGCAACAGGUGAACCCACAACCAACAUUCCCAACGGAUCCAAGACAGAGGCAAAUUGAUCCUCGCCUACGUGGAGCUGCAGGUGGUCCCACUGGGGUUCCUGGUCCCGCUAUGUCGCAGCAGCAACAAACAGCUCAACAGCAGCUGCAAAACCGUUUAGCUUCAAAUUGUGGCAUUCCAAACGACGCAACUGAUCAGGAAAAAGCCGCUCUAAUAAUGCAAGUUUUGCAGCUUUCAGAUGAACAAAUUUCGCAAUUACCACCAGAGCAACGGGCGAGUAUACUGGUGCUCAAGGAACAAAUUGCAAAGAGCACACAACGUUAAUCUAAAAGCAUAAACUUUUGAAGCAUGUAUUUUCUUUUCGCAUAAAAUAUACUGCAAAGACGAUUGGAUUUUUUCGAACACAAUAUAUGUAAAUGCAACAAUCGAUUUCAUAAAAAUA